AUGCUUGGCGACAUUGUAAAAUUAACAUUCGGUGCCGUGCUAGGUAUAAUGUUCUGCCUCUUGUUCGUUGGUGACGCGAUGGAAACAAAUAAGAAUCAAAACUGCAAUGCUUGCUCUCCAAAGACCGAAUUGCGGCGAAAUACGCGGCGGUUGUCGCCAAUUAAAAAAGAACGGUCGGGCAUGUGUUCCGUGUGUUUGUCGAAACAAGCGACUGUGCUGUUUCUUCAAUGCCGACACUUGGCGGCAUGCGGGGAGUGUGCUGCACAGCUUUUGAGGAAAGGCAUGCAUCGCUGUCCGAUCUGUAAUCAAAUAUAUGAAAGGACCAUCAAUGUGUACGUUCCCUGA